UAGACAGUUUGUUUACUUCAUAUUCCUGCGAUCCUCUAUAGUAUAGAGGUAUAGAGUCUAGACCUUUAAUCUCUUUCAAGAAAUUAAACCUCAACUAAUGGCGACAUUAAAUAUAUUUUUAUUAUGAUUUGUUAUAUUGCCAUCCAAAUAAUAAUCGCUACGUCAUUUUUUUAAAGCUAGAGUACGCUUUCGUACUCUGAGUUCGCCCAUAAAUAUUUCAGAAAUAUUUCACAUAAAUAGAGAAGAUAAAGAAUACGUCGGAGAUUAUACUACCACAUAUAGCUACUCAAGUGUAAGUAUAUACUUUACUAUAUAGACUGGUGGGGUGGUCUGUCAACAAAAGCUAAGCAAAAGUCAUGGAAAAAAAAUUUCACAGAAAAUGUUUGGGUGUUUGUGUUAUAAAUUGUUGUGCGAAAAUGCGUUUGGAGCUCAGUUUUAAUCGGGAACUCCGGCGCUUCGCAUACUUAGCAUAAUGAGAUCGCACUGCUUUGCGAUUUUUCUGUCAGUGUUGCUCUUGAAUAGGCUUUCCUCUACCCGUGCAGAAUUUUCUUCAGAGGAUGGCUUUGAGAAGAUUCUUCAUGACAACGAAAAACUUAGAUGCACGAUAAAUACUCUGACCGAAACUAUUAACAAAUUAAACACUGAAUUAGAUGUUUUAAACAUACAAAUCGAAAUGAAAAGACAUGUUGUCAUUGCACUAAACGCAACUGUGAAUAAUCAAAAGGUGCUGAUAACAAAUCAAACAAAAACAAUUGAGAAUCAAAAUAAACGGGAAAGAAGCAUGUUUGAAGCUAUCAGUCGACUUCAGAAAGUCCGGGAUCAAAAUGCAACAAUAAAUAAGUUGAAUGCAAGCAUUCAAGAAAUGGAGAAACAAUUAAAAAACCAAAGCGAAAUUCAAAUCGAAUUAAAGGAAAAUAAUAAUAAAAUGAACUUACAAGAUUUAGAAAUCAACGACUUAAAGAAACGUCUUCAGGAAGAAGAGGACAAAUUACAAUAUUGCACACAAAACAGUAGAUUAUGUAAUGAACCAGUGAAAUCUCUGCCAAUCACAGUACCUUAUCAAUCUCACAAAAAUGAAUCAAAUGAAUAUUUAAAGUGCAAAUCUGGGAACGGCUGUCCCUAUGGCUUUGGUAUUUACGAAGUGAAAAUACGCGGAUUAAGCCCGUUCGAAGUGCCACUCCAAAAUAAUUGGAUGAUCGUCCAAAGGCGCCGGGACGGAUCGGAAAACUUUAAUCGACCCUGGCAGGACUACAAGGAUGGAUUUGGAAAUGUGAGGGGCGAGUUUUUCCUCGGACUGGAGAAGAUUUACGCAUUAACUCAGAACCGCCGCAUCGAACUUUUAAUUCAGCUUGGCAAAGCUGACGGAAGCACCACUUCCACUGUGUAUGACAAUUUUCAAAUUGGCAGCGAAAGGGAUUCGUACGUGCUGAAAUCGCUGGGAAAUCAAUUCGAUGAUUUGGAGAUCUCCCUUAAAUACAACCUGAACCAAAAGUUCACCACUCUGGACCGGGAUAAUGAUGAAUACAUUUAUAAUUGUGCUUCCAACGAAAACGGUGGUUUUUGGUACAAGGACUGUGGGUAUUGCUCGCUCAAUGGAAAAUACUUUAAGGAGGGUUACGUUACACAGCAACAUAAAAAUGGAAUCCAUUGCCGUCACUGGGACAACUGGGAUAAAAUCUCGUAUACCUUUGUUCAAAUUAUGAUUAAGCCUGCGGGAGUGUAAGCCAUGUUGUACAGCCUGCCGUUUCAACACAUUUUUAUAACGAAUGCCAACAGAACAAAUAGCAAAGUAUUGAACAAAACAUAUUAAUUGUUCAAGGUUUCAAAUAAAGUAUUGUCUAAAAAACAA